CUCAGCUUACAUGGACGCGUGUCACAUACAACAGAUGAUCUGAUUUUCCUGUGGAAUAUCUCAUCUCCUCUUGUUGUUAGUGAAGAUGUAGAACUGCCGCAACUAGACAUUGUUGAAAGCUCAACUGAAGAUUGUACACUUGAAUACUCAACAGGAAACUUCACUUGUCUUGCAGUCGUGUUCAAUCUGAAGCGCCGUCUAGGAUAUCACCUUUUCCAUACGUACGUUCCCACAACCCUCAUUGUAGUUAUGUCUUGGAUAUCUUUUUGGAUUCGACCUGAAGCUAUCCCAGCUCGUGUAACGCUCGGCGUGACCAGCCUUUUGACUCUGGCGACUCAAAACACGCAAUCUCAGUCUUCACUUCCACCUGUUUCUUAUGUUAAGGCUAUAGAUGUGUGGAUGUCCUCUUGCACUGUCUUCGUUUUCAUGUCUCUUAUGGAAUUUGCUGUCGUCAAUCACUACAUGGGGUACACUGGAAGCAGUAAACUUAUGAGGGGCUAUUCAGUGGAUGAACUUGAUAAGCUACUGCUUCAGAGGAAAAAUGGCGUGACAAUUCGAGGCAACAGUUUCAGCUCUCCUCCAAGAACCCCCAAUACAUGUUGUGAUUUAGAUAUAGCUUUGGGAAUUGACAGAUUUUCCAGAUUUUUCUUUCCUUUCUCUUUCUUCAUAUUAAACUUAGUAUAUUGGUGCACUUACGCUUUUACCUGGUGAACUAACGAAAGAUUUCUAUGUUUCGUAAUUACACCUCGUAGUUUCUUUACUCUCUUCAAACUUACGAGUAUUGAAUGUGGGUAUGUCAUUAAACAUCCUUGAAAAAUAAUAACUGUGAAUAUUUUUACCAUUAACACCUUCUAUGUAUUUUAUGAAAUUUCUGUAAUUUAACAGCUAUUGCAUUUGCUCUUCGAGUUUUGCUGUUCCGAAUUUGAGCCAAGCAAAAUAAAUAUUUUCAUUUCAAA